AUGUAUCGUUCAUAUCUUGCACUUCCACCUUCAUCAGCCACAAGACAUCGUCAACAUUUGAGACGUGACCAUGUUAAGAUAUUCAUUAGUUUGGCUUUAUUGGGUUUAAUAACUGCUGGGUGGUUUGGUGUGAGCGGGGCAAGUUUGAGCUAUAGGGUUUGGGCUGCUGAAAGAGGUGUUGAAUUACCUGAUAGUUUCUUUGGUGAUAAGGGAGCAUUUCGUCUAGGCCAACAUCCAGGCCGGUUUGAUAUCAUCAGAUGGCUCAAUGAUACGCCUUUCUACCGUGAUAACCUUGAAAUAGUCGCGGAAAAUGCGAAAUAUUUCUGGUGGGGUCAACAAGCUAGUUUUGCUAUGAAUUCUUUUAGUACCUAUGUUGCAAUUGAAGGACGUCGAAGAAAUAUCUCAAAUUUAUGGGCAUUCAUUCUCCUGGGACAACUCGUUAAUGUCUCAUUUGCUCAAAAUUUGUGGUUUGUGGCUAUCUUGCUUACUCCAGUGCCAUUACCAGAGAACGUGGAUAUCUUGACAGAUACAAGGAGAGCUUUUGGAAGCGUGCAUAAAUUAUGGUUUGAGAAGAUUGUCCCACAGCGAGCAAAUAAUUGGCUUCCGAGUUCUGGAUUCUACAUUGCCUUACUUCUCUUUGGCCAUGGUGCCAUGUUUUUAACACCCUUCGCGGCAAAUACAUCCUCAUUCGGGAAAAUAGCACUGUUAUCUGUAUCACUUCCAUUCGCACCAUUAUUACUUCCAUACGUUAUCCCUGAGCAUUGGGGAACUACGUACGAUCAUCCACAUAAAGCUCACUCCUCAUACAUGGGAGUCUUCCGUAGUAUCUCAGUCAUAUCUUCGAUCCUUCAUUUUAGAACCACAGGUUUGGCUCUACUUCACAAUACACCGGAGAAUCAUUAUUACCGCCACAGUAUCCUUCAUCCACUCGAAAAAAUUCAUCGGUCAAACACAAAUCGCAUAUUCAAAGCACUUGAAAGAGUCUUAGGUUCAAUUGCAGAUCAUCCUGCUGUAGGGUCAGUGGGAUAUGAUGUUCUUCUCUCGGGUUUAAGUCUUGGAACUUGGUCUGCUAUCAGAGCAUUGGAUGGUAAUGAGAUUUUGCGAGUGGUCAUCCCUUGGAUGAAUAAGUCCAGUACAGGAGUGAAAGUCAAGGAGGAAGUGGAGAGUACCGCUAAAUCAACUGAUAUAUCUCCACUUCGUCGUCGAGGCCGUCCUAGAAAAUCUACCAAAUCCCAACAAGAUACUACAUAUGUCCCAACACCUAGUACUUAUGCAGGUGCAACUGAAGGUGAUCAGGAUGGAGAUGAGGAUUGGGAAAUUUCUGCGCUUACCUGGGGUAUAGUAUCUGCUGCAGGUCUAGGUGUUGGUAGUGCUGCGGUUUAUGGUGCGGAAAUGACUGCUAGGUAA